UGCAGUGGUGGAGCUGAUUGGCUGAUCGUAGCGGUGCAUGACCAGGGUGUUCCGGAUUUGAGUAGAACUUUAAAGAGCGGAGCAUGGCCCCCUUGAAUCCGGGAUUGCGCGAACUGAGGGGGCGUCUGCUCCCGCUCAAGGACCUGGUGGAGGAGAGCGACAAUUGUCUGAAGGAGGACGUGGAGGAGGACGAAGGCCCGGUGUUUGUCGAUGCCGAGGAGCUCUGCAGCGGAGGCCUGAAGGCGGGCGGCCUCCCUGGGCGCAUCUGGGUUAGAAUUUCUGAUGAAAACACUCAAGAGACGUGUGAUGUGUUUGGACGUUUUCCAUUAACGGGUCCUUGGUGGCGAGUGAAGGUAGACGUCAAGCCUAUGGGCUCGAGGAACUAUCAAGUUCACGGAUUUCCAUCUUACUUUUUACAGUCCGAUAUGUCACCACCAAGUCAAAAAAAUAUCUGUUCCCUCUUUCUUAAAGACUGUGAUGUCUCCAGUGAUACUAUAACUGCAUUUUUAGCAUGGGUAAAUAAAGUAUCAAGCUAUGAAGACCUCAACUUUGAAAAUCUUAGGGAAACAUUAAGAAUUUUCUACAAGGAAAUUGGGAGAAAGGGUCAAAAACAGCCUACACAGACUGAACAGGAAGAGUCCCUACCAGAGUACAAAAUACGCCUGCCUGUGGAAUGCACAGUUCCAUUUAUAAGUGUAAUGACAGCGUUGCAGUUUCCAAAAGUAAUGGAAUUCCUUCCAGUUCUUCUGCCUCGACACUUUAAACGGCUAAUAAGCUCAGAUUCUGAAGAGGUGUUUGAAAAGAUAGAAGAGAUUUUAGGUACGCAUCCAUGGAAACUUGCAUUUAGUAAAAUAACCUACAGAGAACUGAAGCUUUUGCAGUGUGAGGCCAGCUGGACAGCAUUUUGUCAGUGCAGACCUCUCCUCGAAUUGAUGACUGAUUUACAGAAGAAUGGGUUAAUCAUUUAUUCUAAGCUGAAGGAGAUGUGUAGAGAAUAUGGGCACACGUACGUAAAAGAAGCUGACUUAACUUUGCAAUUGUUGGAUCAGAUGUCUUUUCACGAUGUUUGGCAGUCUCUGAAGUUUUUGAAAGAUAUCGAGGUGGUGACAUAUACGAAGUCCUGUGUCUUUCCUUACGACCUUUACCAGGCUGAAAGAGACGUUGCCUCUUCAAUAGGUGAUCUGAUGAUGAGGCCUCCAUGGCGUUUACAUGUCAAUGUGAAAAAGGUGCUUGCGACUAUUCAUACCAGAAAACCUGAGAAUGCAAGCAGUGAUGACGCAGUGAGUGAAAGUAAACCUGAGGAAACAAGCUUGGAAACUUCUGUGGACGUUCCGACCACACAGGACAGUGGUGACCAUAUUUGGGACAAUGGUGAAAGUGAAGAUGAUGCAGAAAUAAGUGAAGAUCAGCUAGAUCAGGAUCAGGUGGCUGCUUUGGAAAUGAUUUGCUCCAAUGCUGUGACGGUCAUCAGUGGGAAAGGUGGUUGUGGGAAGACCACAAUUGUUAGUCAUCUUUUUAAACAUAUACAGCUGUUGGAAGAAAGAGAAGUAAAAAAAGCUUCUGAGGACUUUGAACAAGACCAGGAUGUGCCGGAAGAAUGGAUUACCUUUACUGAGCAAAGUUUAUUGAAGACGGACAAGGUGAUAGAAGUUUUACUCACAGCACCUACAGGGAAAGCCGCUGGUUUACUGAGACAGAAAACUGGUUUUAGCGCUUAUACGUUAUGUCAGGUCAAUUAUAGCUUCUAUUUAUGGGAUAAAAAAACCGCCAAGGACAGUCCAUGGAAGUUUUCUUCGGUUAGAGUUCUGGUUGUGGAUGAAGGCAGUUUGGUGUCUGUAGGAAUCUUCAGAUCCGUUUUAAAUUUAUUACUUGCGCACUCCAAACUUUCUAAGCUUAUUAUCCUUGGUGAUAUUAGACAGUUACCCAGCAUUGAACCUGGUAACUUGCUGAAAGAUCUUUUUGAGACUCUUAAGUCAAGAAAUUGUGCUAUCGAACUAAAGACAAAUCACAGAACAGAAUCUGAGCUAAUUGUGAACAAUGCGACAAGAAUCUCAAAACGCCAAUUUCCAAAAUUUGAUGCAGAGCUGACUAUCUCUGAUAAUCCAACAUUGCCUGUCUCAGUACAAGAUAAAACAUUUAUUUUUGUCAGACUCCCAGAAGAGGAUCCCACUUCUCAGUUAUCGAAAAGUGAUUUUCAGUCUCAUUUAUAUUCUGCCGUUAGAACUUUACUCAAAGAAAAAGACCUACAAAGUGCAAAAACGUCACAAUUUAUUGCAUUUCGAAGGCAAGACUGUGAUGUCAUCAAUGCCUGCUGUUGCAGUCACUACACAGGCCACCUAAUCAAGGACCAUAAGAAUAGAUUUCUAUUUGGAGUUGGUGAUAAAAUUUGUUGUACCAGGAAUGCAUAUCUCUCGGAUUUACUGCCUGGGAAUACCUCCAACCAUCAGCAAAAUAAUGAACUGGAGGCCAGUGGUGAAGACUUUAAUGGUGCGCCCCAUGGUUUUGCUAAAAAUAAGCAUGACUUUGAAAGUGGUAUUAGACUCUGCAAUGGAGAAAUAUUCUUCAUAACACGUGAUAUAACUGAUGUAACUAUUGGAAAGAGAAGAUAUUUGACCAUUGAUAAUAUGGCUGGCUUGGAAGUAACUGUGGAUUUUGGGAAACUAAUGCAAAAUUGUCACAUAAGACAUGCAUGGGCAAGAACCAUUCACACUUUUCAGGGGUCUGAGGAGCAGACAGUCGUCUAUGUGGUUGGGAAGGCGGGUCGCCAGCACUGGCAGCACGUUUACACCGCGGUGACCAGGGGCCGCUGCAGAGUGUAUGUCAUUGCAGAAGAAUCUCAGCUCCGGAGCUCAAUUUUGAAAAGCAGUAUGCCCAGAAAUACUCGUUUAAAACAUUUCUUGCAAAACAAACUCUCUACUGGCUCUGCAUCACCAGCAGAUUUUGCGUCCCCAUCAAAGAGCUCCGGAGACAGCGGAGGCCCCAGCACACAGCUGUCCAUGUCACCACUCCCUGCAGGCACAGCUGAUGUUGUGACAAACAAUUCCCCCAGAAGCCAGGCCUCUGCGGUUGAUGAUAAGACAGUCGCCUUUGGUGGAAGUUGGAAAUCAUCUCCACCUGAUGAAGCGGAUACAGAUGCAGAUCCAUCCAAAUCUCGAGGGCCCAAGAGAACCUGUGGCCUGGAUGAUGCUGAAAGUCCAAACAAAAUUCUUAUGGUGGAAGAAUCAUCUCCACAAGUAUCUUCCAAACUUAAGGAUUUGAGACUGAAUAGUUUAACCCCCAGGCAACUUUUCAAAUCCACACAUAAUCAAGAAACCUGAUUUUAUUUUCGAUUGCUCAGAUAACUGUCUUAUUUUUUUCCAUUCAACACAAAAUGAACAUCCUCGCUUCCAAGUAUCAAGAUAAAAGAGGACGUCUAUCACUGGAGUUUCAUUUUCAGGUGUUAGCAGAUGUUUUAAAUUCACUUGAUCAAAGAAAACCUUAAUGAUUUCAAUAUCUAUCAUCAUGAGAACUGGUAGCACUGGAUAGAAAUGAAAGGAAAAGAUGUUUUACAUAUAAUUGUUUAUACUUUAAAAAGUGUUUUCUUUCUAGCAUAAUGCCUUAUUAACUUCCGCGAUCAUUGCCAAAGGGAUGAAGCGAUGGUCAAGAUAAACUGUAUUGCAUCGCUUACUGACACCACUUCCAGGAGUUGAGUCUUCAGCAAAGUGGUCGUCUCUCCAGGCUGCCCUUUUCUCCAUCCCUGCUUCCUGCCUCCACCCCAUCUGGAGCUUUUUCCUGGAAAUUCCUUUUGCGUCGGGAAGCUCAUUGUUUUUUUGUUUUCUGUUUGUUUGUUUUCUUAAUUUGAGAUAUAAUUGACAUGUAACAUCGCGUAAGUUUAAGAUAUACACUGUGGAUCGGAUACUUAUGUAUUGCAAUGUGAUUAUCACUGUAGCAUUAGCUAACACCUUUGUCAUGUCACAUCAUUACCAUUUUGGAGGGGGGAGCGCAUUGUUUUGAAGAUAGUCUACUCUGGAAAAAUUUUUUUCUCUCAGGGUGAUUUUAUUUUACUUUUUUUUAGAGUUGUAUUUAUUGUUCAAUGGUGAAAGAAUAAGUUAAGAGGACAAAUUUACCUGUUAUCCCAAUGUUUUAAAAAUAGCCUAUUGAGAUAGAAUUUGCAUACAGGUCACCCGUUUACACAGUUGAGUGGCUUUUAGUGUAUACUGAGUUGUGCUACCAGCACUACAAUUAGUUUCAGAAUAUUUUUAUAGAACCCCCAAAAGAAAUCCCAUGCCUCUUAGCUGUAAUCCUCUUAUCCCCUCCAGCCCUAGGUAACUACUGAUGUACUUUGUCUCUAUUGAUUUGUCUGUUCCAGACAUUUCACAUAAAUGGAGUCAUAGGAUACAUGGUCCUUUGUCACUGAUUUUUUCGACUUAGCGUAAUAUUUUCAGAUUUCAUCCAUGUGUGGUAGCAUGUAUCUAUCACUGCUUCAUCUCUCUCUCUUUUAAAAGGUUUUUAAAAAUUAUGUACAAAGAGCUAGCAUUUCUUUUAUUGGGUAGGUGUCCUGGAUAACCCAUUCAAGGAAGAUCACUCAGGCAAAUUUGCUGAAGUCCACAUCCUCACACAAUGAUGGGAAAACUGGCUGUAUAUAUUGAGGCCAUAUUUCCAGAUCAGACCUUGAUGGUUUGAGCUGAUGUGGCAAGGCCAUGAACACUGGCUGAAUUUUUGUGGGUGGCUGCAGUAGAGCUGUAGGUGACCCAGCUUGCUCUCAGAGAUGCCAUGAUGCAAAAAGCAUUCAUAUCUUUUAUUACCAAGUAAUAUUCCAUAGUACGGGUAGAGCACGUCGAAUUUAUCCCUUCAUCAGUUGAUGGACAGCUGGGUUGCUUCCACAUAUUGGCUGUGAUAACUAACGCAGUUGUGAACAUCUGUGUACAAGUUGUGGUGUGGCCAUAUAUGUUCAUUCCUUUUAGGUAUAUACCUAGGAGUGCAAUUGCUGAGUCAUGUUGUAACACUAUGUUUCACCUUUUGAGGAAGUGACAGACUGUUUUCCAAAGUAGCUGCACCGUUUUAUAUUUACACCAGCAGUGUGUGAACAUUCCAAUUUCUCCACAUUCUCCCCAACACCUGUUAUUAUCUGAGUUUUUGAUUAUAGCCAUGUAAUGGGUAUAAAGUGAUAUUUCAUUGGGGUUUGGAUUUGCCUUUCUCUAUGGGCUGAUGAUGUUAAGUAUCUUUUCAUGAGCUUAUUAACCGUUUGUGUGUCCUCUUAGGAGAAAUGUCUGUUCAGAUCUUUUGCCCAGUUUAAAAUUCUUUUUUAUUAUUAUUAUGGAGAUCUAAGUUCUUUAUAUACCUACAUACAAGUCCCUUAUUAAAAAUAGCAUUUGCAAAAUGUUUUCCCAUUUUGUGGCUUUGCCCUUUCUUCAUGCUGUCCUUUGAAGCACAAGUUUUUAUAUCAUAUGAAAACAGAGACAGUUUUACUUCUUCCUUUCCAAACUGGAUGCCUUUUAUUUCAUUUUCUUGUCUUAUCACCCUGCCUGGCACCUCCAGGACACUGUUAAAUAGAAGUGGCGAGAAUGGACAUCCUUGUCUUGUCCCUGUGACUUUACAAGGUUUGCAAGGCACAAUGAAAACUUGGGAUGAUCGGUGCUUUGUUUUAUUUGAAGAUAGCAUAAUUAGAAUUCGUACAUUUUAAUAGCGUCUGUCAAUUUACUUCAUAGACUACCUGUAAUAUUCUCUGAGGGCCGAUGUUGUGAUGUUUGUCACCUAAAAUCAAUGCACUGUUAAUCUCGGGGUGUUCCUGUGUGCUGGCGGUUUCAGCAGUUCCACGUGUGUUGCACGCCUUACCUCACGACAGUCCCGAAGUACACAUCUGACCUUCGGCAUCACUGGGUGGACCCUGACCCCCAAUAAGUAAAUUUCAAACCACCAGUGAGCUGGAAUUCAAACCCAGAUUGGAUUUCAAAACUUAUGCUCUUCCCACUCUUCCAUGCUGCUCUUCAAGUUUAUGGCAAAACCAUCCCCUUUUAAAAAAUUAUGUAACAAUAAGCAUUGUGUAGGGCUCAGGCUAGCACAUGAAAAUACAUUCAAAUUGCAUGUCAUUUCUUUUGGCUUUUUAAAAUCACUGUUUAUUCCAUUUGGUAGAGGGUUUUUUUUUUUCCAUACAAAUAUUUGCAACAAUUUUGAAUUCCCCAAAACCAUACAUAGACGAUAAAUACCAUGCUAUUAAAGU